AUGGCAGCUAAGUUAAUCGUUCUCUUGUGCGCGGUAGCGGCCGCUCGUGCUGGUGGAUUAUAUGGCGCAUCUUACGCCGCCCCAGUCGCAACAUACGCGUCCGCCCCCGUCGCGUACGCAGCUGCACCAGUGUACAAGAGCUACGCGCCCGCUGCUUACUCCGCAUAUGCAGCACCCGCAUACGCUGCAUACUCCGCACCUGUAGUCAAGACCAUCGCCCCAGCCGUCUCAUCUGUGUCAUCAUACUCGUCUCACACUUCUCAUGGAACCCCAUACGUAGCUAAGGCGGUUGCCCCAGUAGCGUACUCCAGCUACGCCGCCCCGUCUGUAGCUUACUCUGCACCUUUAAGCUACGCUGCCCACGCUGCCCCAGUUGCAACUUACGCUGCCCAUGCCGCCCCAGUCGCGACUUACGCCGCCCAUGCCGCCCCUGUUGCAACUUACGCUGCCCAUGCCGCCCCCGUUGCAUACGCUCAUGGCCCGGUUGCCUACUCCGCCCCAGUCUUGAAAUCCGCUGUAGCGUACUCCGCAGCUCCUGCAGUGUCCCAUGUUGCGUACAGCGAUCUGGCUCACAACUACGGCUGGUGA